GGAGGAAUUUCACAGUUACAGUGCAGAAGCAGAGGGAAAGGAAUUAUCCAGCUCUUCAGACAAGCAAAUCCUCUACUCACCAUGCUUCCUCCUGCCAUUCAUUUCUAUCUCAUUCCCUUUGCAUGCAUCCUCAUGAAAAGCUGUUUGGCUUUUAAAAAUGAUGCCACAGAAAUCCUUUAUUCACAUGUGGUUAAACCUGUUCCAGCACACCCCAGCAGCAACAGCACGAUGAAUCAAGCUAGAAACGGAGGCAGACAUUUCAGUAACACUGGAUUGGAUCGGAACACCCGGGUUCAAGUGGGGUGUCGCGAAUUGCGUUCCACCAAAUACAUCUCUGAUGGUCAGUGUACCAGCAUCAGCCCUCUCAAGGAGCUGGUGUGUGCUGGAGAGUGCCUGCCUCUGCCGGUGCUUCCCAACUGGAUCGGAGGAGGCUAUGGAACCAAGUACUGGAGCAGGAGGAGCUCCCAAGAGUGGAGGUGUGUCAAUGACAAAACGCGGACCCAGAGAAUCCAGUUGCAGUGUCAAGACGGAAGCACGCGCACCUACAAAAUCACAGUGGUCACAGCCUGCAAGUGCAAGAGGUACACUCGACAGCACAACGAGUCCAGUCACAACUUCGAGAGCAUGUCGCCUGCCAAGCCCGCUCAGCAUCACAGAGAACGGAAAAGGGCCAGCAAACCCAGCAAGCACAGCAUGAGUUAGAACUCAGACUCAAAACUGGACUCCCUAGUAACCAUCUGCUUUACAGAUUUUAUUGCUUGGAAGACUCGAGCCUGCCAUUGCUAUUUUCUCACUUGAAAAUAUAUGCUUUCUGCUUUGAUCAUAACCAUCAAUCUGCCCUAAGUAGCAGGACCUCCUUUGGGAAUAAAUUUGCCUUUCAAGUUUUUCAACAUGUUUCCGUAUCCAUGAGUGCAAUUUGCAUUAAAUUCCACGAAUCCCAUAGUUUUAAUUCCCCGGGGGUUCCUAAGAGACUAUAUAUAUGGUGAUACUAUAUAUAUCAAUAUAUGUAUGUAUGUAGAUGCUUACGUACAUAUCUCUAUAUCACUUUUGAAAAGAGAAAAUGUCUACCAGUUGCUCUUUACUCCAUACCCCCAAAACACAAACAUAACUCCUUCAAAACUAAAAAGUUAAUCAAAAUGGUUGCCUUGAACAGUAACACUUCAGAAAGGUGCUUUUUGGUAACCUGCAUGGGAACAGUUUAUCAACUAGGAGUAGACUCCCUUUGAAAGACCCUGUGACAUUUUCCUUCAAACAUAAGCCCUGUAGCCUUUUACAGUCUUACCAUAUGAAAUUAUACCCUGCAUGCUGACCCUUGCUUGGAAUGGAAUGCCAGGAAUGCAUGGCAGCAGCUAAUAAGUAAAGCUGAUUAACUAUUUAUUUGUCAAUGUUAUUAUUUAAUGAGCUUUCACAUGUGAUUUUUUUCAAAAUGUUAAUUUUGUGUGUUUGGAAGCUUUUUCAUGUAUCUAAAUAUUCUCCUGUAUGAUUUGUGAUUGAUCUAGAAAUAUGAGAGUACUUGUAGAUAUGUAAAAUAAAUAUUUUAGUCUCCUUAUUGCAUAUGUGUUUUAUCAUAAACUAUAUCAAUAGUAUGGAUCUUUUUAAAUCAGUAAGAAGCUUUGUAAAACUGAAUUAUGUAACACUUUCUUGUUUAAUCUGUGCAAUGAGAAGGUGACUUGGCCUUCAAUUCCAUUGACUUCUUUUAACAAAAAUAAACACUACUUAC